AUGCGACCAGGAAGCAUCCUCCACAACUACCGCGGUCCCACGCCCGACACCGGCGGGACGCCCAACCCCCCACCCAACCCGCGCGUCCCCAUCCGACAACGCAGCUCCUCCAGCACCAUCAAAGCGAUCCCGCGCCGGGGCCAAACGCUCGCCGACGAGCUCCGCGAUUUCUCCAGUUAUGGGAAUUCUCCCACAUCGACACCUUCUCCUCCCGCUUCCGAAGACGAAGCGAAUGUCCCGAGGAAAAUUCUCCCCGAGACCCCCCGCGAACUGGAGGCGCGUCGGCAAACAGAGCGAGCCCUCGAAAAACACAAUCAUUAUAUCAAAGAGCACAACGUGCGCACAGAUGUUGCAUUCCAAACCCCAGCCUCAGCCCCUGCCCCAGAAAAUACUCCCGCAUCUGCACCACCCCCGCUCUCCAAAGCCCAAAAACGAUUUUCCCAACCCGAUAAACCGAAAGUCGCACAGCCAUCUCCGGCAGUGCCUUUACCCAAAGCUCAGAAUCGGGCUUCGCAGCCCGAAAACACGGGAAGCAAGGCAAAGAUCUCUGUGGAAGAAUUCAUAGCCAACGCAAAGAAACGAGUUUCCCAGACCAAGAACACGGGAAGCAAGGCAAAGGCACCUCCAGCCGUCCCUCUAUCCAAAGCUCAGAAACGAGCUUCGAAGCCCGAAAAUACCGGAAGCAAGGCAAAGUCAUAUCAGCAACCUCCGCGAUCUGCCGCUGCGGGCGGCCGAAACAUGCCUGUUGCUGAAGCAGAAAUGGCGCCGCGUCGCGUGCCUGCUCCCGUUCAGACGGUAAAGCCGCCUCCACUCUCCGAUGGGUUUUUUGCGACCGUCUCGCGAGAGUAUGGGUGGGAUUGGUUGUGGUGGCUGAUCGUUCCACUUGUUCUUGUUGUUGUUGCCUUUUAUGCGAGUCGGUGGGCUCAGGAAAAUGAGCUUGUUAGGGAGACGAUGAAAAUGAAUGCUGAGGAAUCGUUGAAGAGCAAGUUUAAGGUCAAGGCCGAGAGAGCGAAUGGGGAUGCGGUGGUUGAGAUUGCCUCUGCUAUCAAUGAUAUUGCAAAGAUAUCAUUGGAUGAGAAUGGAAUUCUUGAGAAAUUAACCGAUAGUCCCUUUAAUCAAGCCGUCCUACCUAUCGAAGCACUCCGAAAAGAAGUGGUGGAAGGCGAAGGAAAAAAGUCUCAACCUCUCCUCCGGUCAAUCGAUAAGUUUGUCGAAAAGAAUCGAGAAGUCGAUCACGCGUGGCGUUCUUUCCUUGCACAGCAAGUUGAAGCAACUGCGGAACUCACAGGUAUAUUUGAUGGGUAUGCCAUGAAUGCUGAUUUCGAAGAAGAUCAUCCGAAUUGGAUAAGAGCUGCUCACAACAUCACACAUCAUGACUUCACCGACAUUCCACAAAAAACAUAUCGUGAAGGCGAACAAAUUCUCUGUCAUAUACUCGGGAAGAAAGACGGGCCCAAUUGUCCUUCGAUUGGUAAAAUGCUUAUAGAUGUUUACAAUGAUCUCAAGCGAGGACUUGAAAAGCCCGCUAUCAAGAUUCCACCAAAUACAUUCGAGACAUACUCAGCAGCGACGGCUGACAUAGCAAAAGCCAUCAAGUCAGUACUUAAGAGAUGGGAAACCGCAGCGGACAGAAUUGAGGCAGCAAGAGUAAUAUAUAAGGACGAACAUGCUAUAGGAAAUGUAGAGAGAGUGGAUGAAUCGUUGGAAAAGACCUCGAGAGCUCUAACCGAUACAAUGUGGAGCCCAGUGGUAGAGCGAAUGAGAACUCCAGAAUUUCCAACAGCUAUUAGAAGACUGGCAGAGGCGAAAGUUUGGAUAAAGAAGUUACAAUGA